GCCCAAAAGUCAACGCGUCGUCUCUCCCUCUACUCCUUCACCCCUUCUUCCUGUCUUCUUCUCGCUCUGUCUCUCUCUCUCUCUGCCAUGAAAUUUCAGAUAUAGGGCAUAGAACAACACUGCGAUUUUCUGUGUAAUUUGUGAUUUUUUUUUUUUGAUGGGUAACGGGUUGGGGAAGAUCAGCGUCUGCUUCACCGGCAAUGAUGGAGUUCGCCGGAGAAAAGACAUGUCCAUCGUCAUUUCCGACCCAAUCGACGAUCUGGGUCACUCCUUCUGCUACGUCAGACCCGACCCGAAUCAUAUAUCUUCCUCCAAAGUCCACUCGGAGGAGACCACAACUUUCCGAUCAAUCUCCGGCGCCUCCGUCAGCGCCAACACUUCAACCCCUCUCUCCACAGCCUUCGUCGAUCUCUACAGCUACAACAGCAUCGAUCGAGCCUCGGCUUUCGAGAGCUCGACCUCCUUCGCUUCCAUUCCUCUCCAACCAAUUCCUCGGAAUUCGAUGUGUUCCGGUCCCUUACCGGCGACGAAUUCGUGGGGAAUUCCGGUUUCGGGUCCGAUCGAAAGAGGGUUUUUGUCGGGGCCGAUUGAGAGAGGGUUCUUCUCGGGUCCAAUCGAAAAGGGUUGUUCAGAUCAGUUCCAGAGGAGUUACUCUCAUGGUGGUUUUGCUUUCCGAUCCAGAUCGAGAAAAGGGUCGUUGAUUCGAGUUCUACAGAGAGCGAUAUCGAAGACGAUUUCUAGAGGGCAAAACUCCAUUGUCGCGCCGAUUAAAAGCGUUAUUUCUAUGAAAGAACAGGAUUGGAUUGUUGGGUCUGAGAAGCAAAAUGAACUCACAGUCAGUAGUGUGAAUAAUCUGAGCAGUGAUGGUAGCUUAGACGAUGAUGAUUCGCUGGAGAGUCAGAAUCUUCAAUGGGCACAAGGGAGAGCUGGGGAGGAUCGAGUUCAUGUGGUUGUUUCGGAGAAACAUGGAUGGGUUUUCGUUGGAAUUUAUGAUGGAUUCAACGGCCCUGAUGCGCCUGAUUAUCUUCUCUCGAAUCUGUACUCUGCUGUUCAUAAGGAGCUCAAGGGUUUGUUAUGGGAUGACAAGAACGAGUCUUCCAAUUCUGGUUCCUCUGUUCCUUCUGAAAACUCUAACCCAGAAAUGGAAUAUGGAUUUUCAAGGGAAGCCUGUUCGCGGUGCGUCGAUCAAGAGAAUUAUCCUUGUGGAGGUGGCGAUUUGAAUUGCGAAUCGAAUUCGAAGAAAAAUUGGGGAAAGAAUGCCAAGAGUAUGUUCAAAGGGGCGGCGAAGAAAUGGGAGGAGAAUCAGAGGAGGUGGAGGUGCGAAUGGGAUCGCGAGAGGUUAGAGCUUGAUCGGAGAUUGAAAGAACAGUUGAAUCGAAAUGGGUCGAAUGGUUCGGGGCAAAUCAAUCACUCUGAUGUGUUGAAAGCUCUGUCUCAAGCAUUGAGGAAAACAGAGGAGGCCUAUUUGGAUAUUGCAGACAAGAUGCUCGACGAAAAUCCGGAGUUGGCAUUGAUGGGUUCUUGUGUUCUUGUAAUGCUAAUGAAGGGUGAGGAUGUUUAUGCGAUGAAUGUAGGCGAUAGUCGAGCAGUGUUGGCUCAGAAAGCAGAGCCAGAUCUUUGGCGACAAGACUUGGAGAGAAUCAAAGAAGAAACACUGCAUGAUCUUGAAGUACAUGAUGGUGAUCGAUCCAACACAACGCCCAAUUUAAGUGCUUUUCAGCUCACCAUGGAUCAUAGCACCUCUGUGGAGGGGGAAGUACAAAGAAUAAAGAGUGAGCACCCGGAUGAUGCUUGUGCAAUGAUGAAUGAUCGCGUGAAGGGUUCGUUGAAGGUCACUCGAGCUUUCGGGGCUGGCUUUCUUAAGCAGCCUAAAUGGAAUGAUGCUCUUCUUGAGAUGUUUAGAAUUGACUACAUUGGAACUUCCCCGUACAUCUCUUGUCUCCCAACUCUUUACCAUCACAGAUUGGGGCCACGAGACAGGUUUCUGAUUUUAUCAUCUGAUGGGCUUUAUCAAUACUUCACAAAUGAAGAAGCCGUUUCUGAGGUUGAACUUUUCGUCGAAUGGUCACCUGAGGGAGACCCCGCUCAACAUCUAGUUGAGGAACUUCUGUUUCGUGCUGCAAAGAAAGCCGGUAUGGACUUUCAUGAGUUGCUCGAAAUACCACAAGGUGAUCGGCGUCGUUACCAUGAUGAUGUUUCGAUCAUUGUUAUUUCUUUGGAAGGGAGGAUAUGGAGAUCAUGUGUAUAGUUUAGCCACAAGAGAUAUAGAGGACAUUUGCAAAAGGCGAAAAACAUUCGGGGCAUCCAUUUUUGAGUUUUUAUCCUUCUCACCUUUGUGCAAAAUGUACUGGGUGGUGGGGAUUGUAAAGGCGUAAAAGCUGCAUCAUCUUGACCUUAAACUGCAAUAGAAAAUUGUAAUUUUUCUAAUAAAAGACAUUCCUAGAAGAUAAAAUUUUGUUUACACAAUUUUUGGGUUAUAUAUUUGAUUUAUUUAUUUUGUUCUUA